GCUCUAGUGAUUUGCCAGCGCUUUAGCUUUGAUGGAAAGGCUUGCAGGGAGCCUGCCAGUAAGAGUCAGCAUCAUAGCGAAAGAACGAUGGGUGUGUGACGGCUACAACGAGCCAAAAGGGAAUCAACAAGAAAUACACUUUGAACUAAAAGUUGCUCCAAAAGCUCUGUUGGCAUAGAGGGAAUUAAAGGGAUAUAUCAACAGGAGCCAACACCACAGAGAACAUGAACCAACAAUAACUGCACUGAUUCUGCUGUUUUGACAGCUGACAUGAGGUUGGCCAGUGUCGAUGUCCGGGCCCGGAGGGCUGCAGAGCCGUCUGAACCAGAGUCAGAGGAAGCAACAGAACCAGUUCAUCAUGAGCACCCCCAUACAGAACACCAAGAGCACUCGCAUACAGAACACCAAGAGCACUCGCAUACAGAACACCAAGAGCACUCACAUACAGAACACCAAGAGCACUCACAUACAGAACAUCACCCCGGCCACGACUACAACCACAUGAAGGAUAAGUUCAUGACCGAACUUGGUCAUCUGCCGAUUCCCGUGUGGGCAGUAGCAGCCAUUGUUGUGGUGGUCCUGGUUUUGGUGGCAUGCUUCAUCUUCUGUCUUUUCAAGAAAUGCUUUGCGAAAAAGAAAAAGCCAAAGAAAGUGAGGGAGAGGAAGACAGGUCGCCGCAAAAAGGAAAAGGAAGGCGAAGGAGAGGCUGGAGAGAAGGAGGGGGAGGUGAAGAAGGAAGGAGAGGAAGAGGAGAAAGAACAGGAAAAGUUGGGUAGGCUGGAGUUCUCGCUGGACUACAACUUCACAGAUACCCAGCUUAUAGUGGGUAUCAUUCAGGCUCAAGACCUUGCUGCUAUGGACAUGGGGGGGACCUCAGACCCCUAUGUCAAAGUCUUUUUGUUGCCAGACAAAAAGAAGAAGUACGAGACCAAAGUUCAACGCAAGAACCUAUGCCCAGUUUUCAACGAGACUUUCAUCUUUAAGAUCCCGUAUGCAGAGUUGGGCGGAAAGACUUUGAUACUGCAAGUCUUUGACUUUGACCGUUUUUCUAAGCAUGAUAUAAUCGGCGAGAUAAAGAUUCCCAUGAACAGCGUUGAUUUGGGCCAGCCGAUGCAACAGUGGAGAGACGUGGAGAGUGGUGAGAAGGAGGAGCAAGAAAGACUGGGCGAUAUUUGCAUAUCUUUACGCUAUGUACCCACUGCUGGAAAACUGACCGUGAACAUCAUGGAGGCAAAGAAUCUGAAGAAAAUGGAUGUUGGUGGUUUAUCAGAUCCGUAUGUGAAGAUUGUUCUGCAGCAAAAUGGGAAACGGAUUAAGAAGAAAAAGACGACAGUCAAGAAAAACACUCUCAAUCCUUACUUUAAUGAGAGUUUCAGUUUUGAUGUCCCAUUUGAGCAAAUACAGAAAGUGCAGGUCGUCAUUACAGUGUUUGACUAUGAUAAACUUGGGAGCAAUGACCCCAUUGGAAAGACCUUCAUGGGUUAUGGAGCUACAGGAGUUGGCCUGCGCCACUGGUCAGAAAUGAUUGCCAAUCCCAGACGUCCAGUAGCCCAGUGGCACACUCUCCUGCCAGAAGAAGAAGUCGAUGCGGCAGUCAAAGCAAAGCCUCGUUAGAGUUUCACCUUGUUUUAGUCUGAAAUACUGCCGAUAUGUUACUUAUUGUUAAUCCUGAUGUUUUCUCAAUUUGAAUGUUCCUUUUUCCAUUUUGUUUCUUUUAAGAUACUUUAAUGUGUGCGUACAAGCGUGCGUACGUGCGUUGAACAGACAAUUUUUGAUAUUUGGUUGUUACUCGGCAUCCCCUAUUUACCUUAUACUGUAAACCAAUAUGACUUGGAAAACACUGUACGCUUAUGUAUUGGUCUAGUAAAAUUAGGAUGCAUAACAGGUAGGAUUUCAGAGUUACUCUGUGUUCUGAAAAGUGACUCUGGCGACAUGGUCGAGCUUCUACAUCGUAUGGCACGUACAAUGGGCAUUCGUGCUCUUUUUGUAGUGAUGUGGUGCGAGUCUUGAAAAAAGCUUGUUGUAAUGCUC